AUGGCAGUCGUCAAAACGACAACACCAACAUUGGUUACCGUGGCUAUUGUCAAUGGUGGUACACAAGGUCAUAGAGCCAAACGUUAUCCCCAGCUUCAAUCCUGCUCACAAACUCAGCCAAUGCUUAUAUCUCUACCUCCCAUGACAGCUCCACUGCUUCUCUCACCUGGUUGCUUGAUUCCGGUGCCUCUUGCCAUGUUACCUCCAAUGUCACUAAUCUCUUCGGUGUCUCUACAUAUGAUGACCAUGAUGAAAUAA